CGAACAAUGCUCAGUACGCACUGUGGCACAGUCCGUGUGGGCAUCGUUGUCCGAUGCUUCUUUGGUGCACUCGUCUUUUGGUGUGUGGCGGACAACACCAUUGAGUUUGUCCUGCGUUACAACGCAACCAUUUGGGAUACCAGCGUAGCGUUCGAAGUUCAGAGUAUCUUUCAGCUGCGCAGCAAGACUUGCGUCCUCGGACUUCGCGUCCGCGACAUCGGCAUCUUUCCCGUCCACGGAGUCAGCAAGAUGGUUGUCGAUGGUGUCAUCGUGCGUGCUAUUCGCAUUUUUUCCGAGGCACUGGGCAGGAUUGCGAUACGUUUCUAGGCCUACUGGCGAACGGUCGAGCCGUUCUGAGUCUUCCAUCGUUCAAGAAAUGAUUCACGUGUUCCAGACAGGCAAACCAUUAUUUGAAAGCUUGAAGAAGACAAGCACACACUCCAUUCACUUCUACAAUCGUUCCAACAUCGUUCAUAUGGCUGAUUUGUUGAGUUAUUUUCAGUUUCAAUGGAACACCUUGAAACUAUCGCAGCGCACUAAACGCCAUGACACCCCUUCACGCAUACUGCGCAUGUUCAGUUGAUUUAGUAUGCUUCCGCGCUACCACUUCCGGUGUGACAGAACUGCGUUGAACAUAAGUUGAAUAUAAUUUUAUUCUUUAAACAUCUUGAAGAUUUCUCGUAACACCGCAUCUGUAACCUUUAGUUUAUGCUAAUUUAUGGGUAUACGCAUAUCCUUCCAAUGCUUGACGGUAGCAGCAGAGGACAUGUUUAUAUCGCGGACGUCUCUCGACCGCAUGAUAACGCCUUUUCCGGUAAACAACAUACACACGCGAAGUGGGACAAUUUGGCGAAGCACGCACGCGAGUAAGAAAGUGCACCUUUUAAAUUACAUUUCCAUCAUUUAAAUAUGUCUGUAACGCGGCUAUUGUAAUUUUAACCGAUAAAAUCGAAGCAUCGGCACAAAACUUUUUGUACAAAGAGUAAUUCACGGCCGAGACAUGUCCUUUCCAAACAAGGAACAGCGCCACAAGUGCUGGGACUCAAGAGACCGAUACUGGGAAUGUCUCGAUCGAAAUGCAGACGAUAGCAGUAAAUGCCUUGACAUGAAGAAAGAGUACGAAGGCCUGUGCCCGAGCCAGUGGGUCAAGCACUUCAACCGCAAGCGGGAGUACCUGCAAUUCAAAGAGAAGAUAGAAACGGAAGGGAGAACACUCGGAACAGUGGCAAUCGUGGGCCCCUUAGGACCGAAAGUUGAAAACUGCAAAGUCAUGCAAGUGAUGCAGUGAAGGGGAGUCAAAGUUAUGAUUUUAAUUCGCAGGGCACUGCACCCGAAUGCCUACCCCACAUUUUUGGGGACAUUAAAAACCUACUGUAUAUAUUGCAGCCAUCAUUCAAUCUCAGCGUGAGAAUAAAUAGUACAACAAAUAUUGAGGCAGGAUUUCCGAGAAAGUCAAAUGCUACAGGAAAACAGGUUCUUUUUCUUUUUCUCACACACAAAAAAGAAGUUCCGCUUUUCAUAAGCAUCACCAGUAAUCACUAUGUCCUAGCACUUUUUUAAAGUGACAAAGUUUUCUGUGAUCAGCCAUAAAUUCAUUUUGCUGACUGUAAGCAAUUACUUUAACUUACUUUGAAAGUUUUAUUAAACAUUUUUUAUGUAACAUUUCUCGUUACUUUUCUGCAUAGCUCUGCACAGCUAAAUCACCUGUUUAUAUUUAUUUUUUUGUUAUGGAACUAAUUUUUAUGAUCUGAAGGAAAAGUAGUACAACUCCUUAUGUGCACUACUUUAACUUGAUAGCUUCGACGAAGUUUUAAGCUCGAUGUGCACCUGACUGUAAGCUCAUAAGAUAGCGCAAGAAAUGCUGAAAACGUGGGGUUGGCAUUUAGAUGUUGGAACACGCCUUCGUGCCUUUUGCUUGUGAAUCGGGUCAAGGCUCAAAGUUCACUGUAGCCAAGUUGUCUAUAAAAUGAUGUUGCCAAAAAAACAGCUGUGCCC